AUGGGUUCCCAUUUGAAAAUAACAAUCUUGGUGGUGGAUGAUGAUUCCACUUCUCUAGCAAUCAUCUCUGCUAUGUUAAAAGAGUGGCGUUAUAAAGUUGCAACUGUUAAAACCCCAGUGGAUGCUUUGUCCAAUCUUCGGGCCAAUCCAGGUGUUGACCUAGUGCUCACUGAUCUCCAUAUGCCUGAAAUGAAUGGGAUUGAGCUUCAAAGGCAAAUCAACCGAGAGUUCAAAGUGCCCGUCAUUAUAAUGUCCUCAGAUGACAAAGAAAGUGUCAUGUUAAAAAGCUUAGCAGGAGGAGCUGUGUUUUUUAUAGUUAAACCAGUAAACCCUGAUGAUCUAAAAAAUGUAUGGCAAUAUGCAAUUGCAGCUAAGAAAGGUAAAUCCGUUGUUAUUGAAGAAACUGGAAGCAUUGAAGGAGAUUCGUCCUCAGCUGGAAAAUUAUCUAAUGGUGAAAUCGUAUCUGGGUCGUCGGUGAAUGAUGAAAGGAUUAAAGCUCAAAUGAAAUCCAAAAUAAAGUCAUCAAGGAAGGGCAAGGAUGAUCAAGAAGGAAAAACUGCGUCUGCCCCCAAAAAGGCCAAGGUGGUUUGGACAAAUUCACUUCACAACCAGUUUUUGGAAGCCUUAAGACAUAUUGGCCUGGAAAAAGCUGUCCCCAAGAAGAUUCUUGAGCAUAUGAACGCGCAAGGCUUAACCAGAGAAAAUGUGGCUAGUCAUUUACAGAAGUACCGGAUCUUCUUAAAGCGUGUAGCAAAGAGGAGUUUUUUUCCAUCAAAGCCCUUAGUCGAGAAGGUCCUUAAGUCAAGCUUCGCAUCUGGCAAUCCAUUGUGGCUGAAAACUGCACAACAAUAUUCACGAUUGGCAGAACUGCAUCAAAUGAGGGGAUUAUUCCAACCAGGCUAUGGAGGGAGUGUUACUGCUCGUAAUGCUGCUAGCCUUGGAUCCAUACACUUUCCUAGUCAGAAUGCUUCAAGCAGCAACUCUGCUCAGCAGCAACAUGGAUAUGGACAAUCCCGUUUAUUGGGCAAUCCAGCUAACAAGCGACUGGUCUCUGGCAACACGAAUCCUAUGUAUCAUGGUAAUGGCCUGGGUUUUCCAAAUGGAUCGAAUUUGUCACUAAAUGGUGGUUUGUCUGGUGGCCUAUUCAAUGCUUCAAAUGGCCUUACGAAUGGUGCAAACUCAAUGCACACGUACCAACAGCAUAUUCAAUCAAAGCCAGAUUUUUACAAUGCCGGUUCCUCAUCACAAUUCAGAUUUGGCCCAUUCGGCUUUCAUUCUUCGAGUUCUACUCUGGCCACUGGAAACAUAGGAACCGUUGGCACUUAUCCAACUCUGAAUUCUAGUUGCACCAAUAAUAAUAGCUAUGCAGGAAUUACAUUAACUACUGAUGGACAGCUUAUUGGAAUGAGUCAAACCCAUCUUAAUGGUGGUUAUGGCUCAACGAAUGGAAAUUGCAAUGAGAUUGCAGGCAUGGGGAAUCAAACUUCUCGUCAUAUGGCUCAAGAAGGGUCCUCUUCCGCAGGAUUAGUUAGCAUAAACCAAGUUUCACCAGCAUCUACUGCGGCAAACCAACAAGAAAACACUUCGAGGUUGCCUGGUCUUGGCAAUGGGGGGGCAAGUGAUUAUACUUCUUAUCAUCUUAUGAAGGAUGCUUCUUUUGACAACAUAACUCUUUCUCAACAAAUUGGUGAUCAGGGUUAUCUCAGCAACAUCGUAGUUGAGUCGAACGACUAUAAAUUCCUUUGUCAGCAACAAGCUGGUGGGGAAGGCGUUCAGAAUCCUGAAUUUUCCAGCAGCUCAAUAUUUCAGGAAAUCUACUCCUCACUGGACGAACUUCUGAACUCUGACUUCUCUGGCUCAUUGUCUGUGGAAGAAACCGCUCCUUGCAGCGAGCAAGCUCUUGGACAGGUUCAAAGUGGUAACGAAGAGUUGAUGGAGACCAGCGUUGUUGGCGGUGCGUAUCCUUCGGAUGAAUCUUAUCCAACUAAUUUUAAUCAAAACACUAACCAGCAACAAGGCGUAGCAGAACAAUUGACUGGCUCUGAGCUCAGCAGCGUAUUCCAAGUGAACAAUGCUCCUGCUUCUGGAGAUGAUUCAUCAGACAAUCAGGAAUGUCAUCAUCUGUCAAGAUUUCAUUCUUUGACAUAG